AUGAUGUCCUGGCUGCGAGACUUGGCUCUGAUAUGGAGGACUCUGGUUAUUGUGGUUGUGCCCUUGGCAGCCCUGCCAGUUCUUCUGACUGAUGGGUCGAAGGAGAUGUCCUGCCUGUAUGGCGUGAUCCUGGUGGCUGUGUUCUGGAUGACCGAGGUUAUGCCCCUGCCCGUGACCGCUCUCUGCCCAGUGGUCAUCUUCUCCCUCCUCGGCGUGCUCCCUGCCCGCCAGAUCGCUCCCAACUACGUCAAGGACGCCUCUAUCUUCAGUCUGUCGUGUCUGACCUUUGCCCUCUGUGUGGAGAAAUGGAAUCUGCACAGGCGUAUUGCAUUGAACACGAUGUUGUUGAUGGGCUCCAGCCCUAAAUGGCUGCUGCUGGGUUUCAUGCUGCCUACCUGGUUCCUGUCUAUGUGGGUGAACAAUACGUCAGCCACGGCUAUGAUGAUCCCUAUCGUAAUGGCCGUGUUGCAAGAACUGCGACUGAUCCAGUCUAAAGCGAGGGGAGUUGACACUAAUGGAUACCACGACAGGGACGAAAGAGGUGAAGAUGCAGCGGUUGAACAGCACCAGACGCCCGGCCCUGAGGUUAAAACAACGAAAAACAUGGCACACACUUCAAAAAUGGCUGCUGUGACGUCAUCCACAAUAUGUUCAAUGUUUAACAUGUCUGACAGGUCGGAGGAGUCUAUAGAAUACCCCAGUGAUGACUUUAGGAACCUGUGCAAAAGCCUCAGUAUCUGCAUCUGUUACUCAGCCUCUAUCGGGGGCUCGGGGUCACUGACCGGGACGUCCACCAAUCUCGUCAUGCAAGGACAGGCAGAGGAGAUUUUCGGGUCGUACGGGCUGCCGUCUGAGAUCAACUUCCUGAACUGGCUCAUCAUCGCUCUGCCCGUCUCCAUGAUCUGCCUGCUCAUCACAUGGAUCUGGCUUCUUGUUCACUUUUUUGGGUUCAAGUGAGAUCGUUGUGUUGAACCCAAUCAAGUCAUUUAUUAACUCUUAGUAUACGGAAGUCUAUUUCACAUUUACACACAGCCAAUAUUGUCGUCCAAUUUUUCAGCAGCAUAAACUUCCCCAAAACUCCGCUUUCUAAGCUGUUUGCAAAAAAAUUAACGCCGCACUAGGAAUAAAUAAGGGAUCCCUGUGAUAAACAUAUCGUUUUCUUAUACACACGAUGGGUUUGCUGGGUUUAGUAGCAAAUGCGUAAUGGGCGUGCGUGCUCUGGUGUGGUUUGCUACUUCUUUCCUACCAAACAUCUAUCGUAAUUUUCUCUC